AUGUGGGUGUCCCAGCGAAGGGGCCGAACGGCCAGACCCGCUGUCCCUUCGGUCCUCCAGCCACCGAGGGGGCGCAGGCGCGGUGCCGAUGCCGGCGGCUGGCCUGUUCGGGCGGCGGUGAGGCGGGGCCUCGAUUCGGGUUUGUGUGAAUUGGGGGCGGGUUGGAGUGGGGAAGGGCUGCGCUGGUGCUCGGGGAGCGGCACCGAGCUUCUCUGGGCAGGGCUGGAACCGCCGGGCCCUCCGGUGACCCGCAGCCCGAUUUUAGUUAUGAGUCAGGACCCGAGUGGGAUCAAGCAGCAGAAUUUGGGAGUACCUGUCAUUAGCAUGGCGGAAAGUGCAGAUGGGGAACGGGGUUCAGUGACCUCUGCAUCAGAGAAGGACACGGGUGGGAAAUUAACUCUGAUACAGAGAGUUUCCAAGCGAUCUUUGCCAGUUGAUUCAUCAAGGGAUGAUGAUCGGGACUUGGGAACCUCAACACCAAAGCAUGGUCGGACUGAGGGCAGUGUCGCUGAGGAUCCAGCCACAAGGGAAAGGGAACAAAGUCAGACUGAAGAGAGUGACAUGAGAGACACUGGAACUGGCCCAAGUGAGGCAACUCCUCUCGUCACAGGCUCAUUAAGCAAGGGAACGUCAAGUGUCGACCCAGGAACAGAUCCAAAGUCUACAAUCUCCCAGUUCCUGCCACAGUGGGAUGGUUAUCAGGAGAGACUGACGCAGGUGAUUGAAGAGGGAGUUCAAAGGCUCAGCUGCAUGUUAGAAUGGGAGGGACACUUCCAUGGACAAGAACAUCAGAAAGUCACAGAAAUCACAGAAAAGGAAAACUGGAUAGAGAGUUCCCCACUCUUCCUCUGUCUGGCAAUGGAGAAAGGCUCCCAGUCCCAGACAGUGGUGUGGGAAUCCUUUGUGAAAAUGCGGAAUGAGUUGGCAAAGUUGGACAAAGUGUUGAAAGAAGUUCUGGAGCUCGGUCCUGAUCCGCACGAAUACAUGACCAUUGGCCGAGGUUUAUGUGAUUUAUCCCCACAACUGAAAGAUGCUCAGAAGAAACACAAGGAAACUCUCCGGGCACAAACUGAAACACUGAGAGUGAACACAAUCCUGAUGAGGGAGAAGGUUAAGGUUUACCCAUUGGUUGAUCGAUACGCUGAGCUCACAGUCAUUUCUACUGUUCGACAUCAGAGACUUGUGGAACACGAGCUGCUGGCAAGGGGACAAAACCAUGAGCAGUGCAGACAGAAACAACUCCAGGGAGAGCUGGAAAAUAUCCAGACUGAUCAAUUGUUCCAGAGCAACUUCUCUCAGAGUAAAUCCACAGCUGGGAGUUCGGCAGCAGUGGCUGGAGUGGCUGGGAUCGGGAAGACAACAAUGGUGCAAAAGAUUGUUUAUGACUGGGCCACGGGGAAAAUAUUCCGACACUUUCAGUUUGUCUUCAGUUUCAAAUUCCGAAAUUUAAACUCCAUUACAGACAGAAUAAACCUGAGGGAACUGAUUCUGGGUCAGUAUCCUUACUUUGGGAAUAUCCUGGGAGAGGUCUGGAAGAACCCAGAGGGAUUGUUGUUUAUAUUUGAUGGUUUGGAUGAAUUCAAGGACAGAAUCAAUUUUGCUGACAGUUGCAGAGAUGCAGAACCGCAGCAUGUGUGCCCAGAUCCCGAGUGGUGGUGCGAAGUGUCUGACAUUGUGUACAGUUUAAUCCAGCGCAAACUACUCCCAGGGUGUUCAGUGCUGGUGACCACCCGCCCCACUACGUUACAUUUAUUGGAAAAGGCGGAGAUCAGUGUCUGGGCUGAAAUCCUGGGAUUUGUUGGUGAGGAACGGAAGGAAUAUUUCAGUAGGUUUUUUGAAGAUCAGAUGGUGGCAGCAGCUGUUUUCAAACACGUGGAGGAGAACGAGAUCCUGUACACCAUGAGCUACAACCCCUCCUACUGUUGGAUCCUUGCUCUGGCACUGGGCCCCUUCUUCACACAAAGAGACAGGGACCCACUGCGAGUUCCCAAGACCAUCACCCAAUUGUAUUCCUACUAUAUUUACAACAUGCUGAAAAAUCACAGCUGUGAGAUUGAAAGCCCCUGUGAUGUGUUACUGAGGAUUGGUCAGAUGGCCUUUACAGGAGUGUCCGAGAAGAAAAUUGUGUUUACAGAUGGAGAUUUGAUCAAGUACAGUCUGCAGCCUUCCCAGUUCCUGUCCGGGUUCCUGAUGGAACUUUUGGAGAGAGAGGAUUCUGCUCGGAGCGUGGUGUACACAUUCCCACACCUCACCAUCCAAGAGUUUGUAGCUGCACUCGCACAAUUCCUGACUCCAGAUCCCAGGGAUAUCCUGAAACUCCUCAGUGAAGCCCACAGUACAACAGAUGGUCGAUUUGAGGUAUUUCUCCGUUUUGUUGCUGGUCUCUCAUCCCCGGGGUCAGCUCAGGACCUGGAGGAGUUUCUGGGUCCAUUUCCUCAUCAAACAACCUGCCAAGUGAUUGAUUGGGUGAAAGAGGAGGUUAAAUGCCAGAUUGGAAAUGCAUGGAGUCAAACGGGUAAAAGGAGCCUCCUGAACACAUUGCAUUACCUGUUUGAGUCUCAGAAUUGUGGAGUGGCUGAGGCCACACUGGGAUCUGUGCAAAUGCUUUCAUUUACUGGAUUGCGACUGACCCCGAUUGACUGCGCAGUCCUGUCUCGUGUCAUUGGGCUAUGUGAUACAAUAAAACACCUUGAUCUGUGGGGCUGCCACAUUCAGUGUGAAGGACUCCAGCAGCUGGGACCUGGGCUGCACAAGUGCCAAGUUUUGCGACUGGAGAAAAACGAUCUGGGAGAUUCAGGAGUGAAACUGGUGUCUGUGGCUCUGAGAAACCCGGAGUGUAAAAUACAGAAACUGGGGCUGAGGGAUCUUGGUCUCACAGAUUCUUGCACUGAGGAUCUCACCUGCGCUCUCGGUACAAACCGCUCACUGACAGUGCUGGACUUGGGGAAAAACUCCUUCACAGACCGAUCUGUCCCUGCUCUCUGCCACCUUGGACUGACCCUCCCGAAUCUGGAGCUGAUCACGCUGUGGGAGAAUCAGUUCAGUUCAAGUGGAGAGAAUCAACUGAAGUUACUGCAGAGACUCAGACCAGGACUGAGUGUGUCCCUGUAAACAUCUCACUGUAGGAACAUCACCACCCUCAGGAUGGGAACACCUCUGGCCGACAGCCUGCCCUCCCCUUUAAACGGCUGCACCGUGGAUUUAACAUCGAGCGGCUGUACUGGUUCUGAGCUUGAGCUGAGAGGGCUGUAGUAUCAGGGGUGGUUCUGCUGCCUCAUGACUCAGCGACCCCGUCCACUUGGCCCUGGGGAGCUGCACUGACAGGAAGGGCCCAGGUGGGGAUCAGUUUGGGACAACAGUAAUGGCAUUCUGUGACCUGGGUGGGGUUAUGCCGGGUGAGAACUCUUUUGGCCACAUUACUCAUGAUGGUGCACCUGGGAUUUUUACUCCAGUCCCUGUUGCAGCCUGUCGAUAUAGUGUUAAUUUGUCUGAUAUCUCAAUAGUUGGUUCUUGGUCUGCAGUCAUCUCGCACACUACCCUGGUGUGAUUUUGUAGUCAGUGGUGACCCUGAUGCAGAGUGACAGUGAUGAAUGGAUUAUUUAACCUGCCACUCAUUGUUUACAAAUUGAAACUGAACUGUGAACAGGUUAUUUUGCUCUGUAUUUAGGUUACAAUUACCAUGGUGAAACCAAUAAACGGUUGUCAGUUCCGGA